UUGUGCCUCGAUGUCAGGAUAGCUGUGUCACGAUAGACUUACAUAAUCGAGGUUGUAUAAUGGCAGACACACAGAAGAGAAGAUUAUUCAUUGGAGGUUUGCAUCAUGAUCUCAAAGAAAAGGAUCUGAGGGAGCGUUUUGCAAGACAUGGAACCAUCUCAUCUUUAGAAAUUAAGACCAAGAAAGAUUCAUUAGGUACCCCACUCAAGACAUUUGCCCAUAUGGACAUCAUUCUCACAGAAAAUGAAAUGAAGAAAUGUAUGAGUAUAUAUAACAACACAAAAUGGAAUGGGAACACUAUGCAGAUACAGUUAGCCAAGGAGAGUUUUCUUACAAGAUUGGAGCAAGAGAGAGCAGCAGCGUGUUCAGAGAUCAAAGAAGAUUUGAUUGUAAGACCAAAGGAAAAAUCACCUCAUCAAGCUGCUGCUGAGAAGAGAUUAAAAGAAAACUUUGAUAAGGCUGGAGUCAGUGAGUUUGUUGUGAAAGGAAAAGUUCCAGGCACACAGAUUGAAGGAGAGAAGAACUGGAUUGUUGGGAAGUAUGGCCGUGUCUUACCUGUGGUAUACGUUCGUAGAAAAGAUAAACAGAAGGUUGUUUGUUGCGAUCCCUCUAAAUUUAGCCAUCACCUGAAGAAGUUCAAGAAAGAUGACAAAGUGGAUGAAGGAAUUGAAAUGCCCAAAAUUGAACAAUUGACUUGGGACAUCCCAGAGAUUCACUCAGAGGUUUCUAAGAAAAGGAAAGGAAUCUUCUCACAGGAAAGACCUCUUAAGUUAGAUAGAAAGAAAGUGAAGGGUGAUAUCACUUUGAAGAUAGAUUUGCUUCCUUCUAACAUGUUGCCAGAAUAUAAGGUCAAAAGCUCUAAUUUAAGCCAAAGUGACAGUGACUAUGAUGACAUAGAUGAAGAUGCUGUUACAUCUAUUCCCUCCAUUGAUGGACAUAUCCAGAAUAUUAGAGGUAGUAAAGAACAACCAACUGAUUUUGAGAUUGUUAGAGAUGGUACAUCCCACAUAUCAUUGAGCUUAAGAACAAAUAGCUCUUUGUUUGAUUCUAAGCCUGGAUAUGAUUCAGAUGAUAGGGAGUCUGUUGAUACUGAUGAACUCUGUACCUUGAUAAGAUCUACAAAGAACUCUUCUACAGUUCAAACAAAUGGAGACUUGAACAAAAAAGAGACAUCCAAAACUCUAUUGCCUACAGAAGAUCAGGUUGCCAGAACUAUAGCAGUGAAAAGAGCGAAUCAAACCAAAGAGGAAGAGAAGGGAGGAGGAGGAAGCAAUAGAAAUGAAUGUGAAAAUAUGGGCAUUUUAAGAGUUCAUGAAUCCUUAGAAGUAGGCGAAAGUGACUCUGAAAAUGAAGAAGAAGACAGCAGUUUGAAUAGUGACUAUGCUUCUAAUGAUGAAUUGCAUAAAGAUAGUGAUGAGGAUGAGAAGAACAGUGAUGAAGAUGUUAUAGAUGAUGGCCAUGUACCUUCAUUGAACUUUGAACCUCUCAUUCUGGAUCGGUCAUAUCUCCAAGGUCAUAAAAACACCAAAGUUCUUUCAAAACAUCACAUAGAGGAUGAGGAGGACAGUAGUGGUGACAAAGAAGAGGAGAAUGUCCAUGAGAGUGAUGCUGGAGAGGAGGGGUCUGCUUCUCAAGAUAAUGUAGAUGAUGUCAGUGAAGAGGAGGAGGAAAUGUUAGGUAGCCCAAUAGCUAGAUUUGACUUUGAGCCUCUUAUCCUGGACAGGGAAGCCAUCAGAAUGAGCAUGGGUGUAGAAACAAAAGGAGAUCAAACUAAUAUAGGAUGCCACACAGAAGAUGAGAAACUUGGUUCAGAUGACAAUGAAACCAAUGAUAACAGUGAUGAGGAGGAGAGUAGUAGUGGGAGUAGUAUUGAAAGCAGUGAUGAUGAGGAAGAUGCUCCUGAAGAUGUUAACAAUUCAGAUUCUGAUGACAGUUCUGAUGGAGUAUCUAUCAAACAAAUCAAUAAAUCAACAGAUCAAGAGGUUAAAUCAAACAUUUUUCUUGAGGUAGAAACUUCGGCCACAAAACAAGAAGUAACAAAGUCCCGAACAGGGUUAGAGCAGAAGAAUGAUAAACUAAAUCAGGCUAUGUAUGACAAAUCCGGACGGUUAUUAUCAAAAGCUGCAAAGAAGAAACUAGCCAGAGAGGAAGCUGAGAAACAGAAGCAAGCCAAUGAAAGAAGAUUGGAGUCCAUGAAACAACAACAGAGGGCCUUGUUGGAUCGGCAAGGUGCUAUCAAAGGAGCUUUGUCUUCUGUGGAUGACAAAGAGAAGAAACAAGGAAAGCACAUAACAUUUGAUUCUGAUGAUGGAGAGUCUGAGAGUGAUACAGGGUUAAAUGAUGAAACCAAUUUUGCUGGACAUAAAAUACAGAGCAGUACUUCACUCUUUGAAAGUGAUGAUGAUGAUGAAUCUGAUGAUGAUGAGGAGGAGGAGGAUUCACUCCCAGAGAACAGGGUCAGGAAGAUGUGGGAGGAUGGUGAUGAUGAAGAUGAUGACGGAGUAGAUGAUGAGAGAUUUAAGAUUAAGCCUCAAUAUGAAGGUGAAGCUGGUCAGAAGCUGAUUCAAAUGGAAGCAAGGUAUGGAGGUGACACCCGUUUUAAACUAGAUUCAAGAUUUCUCGAUAGAAAAGAUGAAAAUGCAGGAUCUGGUUUUGAAGGAGAAGGCAAUGAAGAUGGUGAAGAUGACCUAUCAAGUGACCUACAGGAAGAGAAACGUAGAUCUUUAGCCAUUCUGCAGAAUUUAUUGGGGACACCAGUCGUUACAUCAUCUAAAGCUGUGGAGCCUAAUUUCAAAGAUCCAUCUCAACUCCACUAUGAUCCAAGCAGAGAUGAACAUAGCAAGUAUGAGCUUCAAGAAGAUGAUCUUGAAGAUGAAAGUGAUGCCAAGAAAUUAGAAGAAGAUAUGCGUAAAGAGAAGAGAAAGAUGGAUGAAGAGAGAUCUAAGUUACCUGAAGUCUCUAAGGAGAAAUUCUUCCAAGUUAGUAGUAAUCUCAAAGAUGCUUUUAGUGCAGGAGGGAUGGAAGAGAAUGGAGAUGGAGGAGGAACUUUUACAUUCUUUGGAGGAGAUAAUUCAGAUAUCGAAGAUGAACUUUCCCGACCUGAGAAUGAUGAAGAUCUCACUGCAGGCCUUGCUUCAUCAUUGUUCCCUUCAAAGAGGUUCAAAUACGAUAGCAGUGAUGAGGAAGAUGAUGAUGAUGAUGAAGUUAUGGACAUUGAUCCAAAGGAGGUAAAAUCUACAGAAACUGUGAAAGAAGAAGAAUCAAAGGGCAUGUCUGUUCCACAAGCAUUCUUCUUUCUACCAAAUGACCCUAGACUUACAGUUGGAUCCCAGAAGUUUUGUCGACCUAAAGACCAAGCUACUAUGAUGACAACCUGGCAAGAAAUGAAAUCUCAGCUGCAAAAUGAUUUCCGCAAGAGACAUCAGAAAGCUGUACGGGAUCAAAAGACAUCAAAGAAAUGGCAGAAGAAACCAGCAAAGAGUAAAAAAUUAUGAUUAAUAUGAUGUAUGGAUGUGCAAUCUGAAAUCUUGUGAUAUUUGUGAACGUAUGGAGUCUUGUUAGCGUUACUUUCAAUCAUCAAUGACUUAAAACGUGAAUGAAUUCGAAUUUGGAAAAGUCAAUCUUUAAUCCUUCAUACAUCUUUUAUUAUUUCUAGAAUGGACUUAAGAAUAACAAAUUUGCUAGAUGUCAAAUAAUUCAGUUUUGUUAAUUAAGCGAAAUUGUGACUUAAAGUUCAAAAUAUAGUUUUUCUUCAAUAUUAAAACAGAGAAGCAAUGAAAUAUGUACUCUUUGUCUGGAUGUAAAACAUAUCAUGCUAUAAUAUGGAAAAUAAUUGACAAGAAAAGCAGAUUUCAUUGCAAUCAAAUAAUUCAAUUUACUGCUAAGAUUAUUAAUUGCACCAGAAUUACAUUGCUGACAUUGGAAAUAUUGCGCAAGAGUUGAUAUUGAUAUAUAAUGGAAUGCAUAUGGACACACAUGACAAUUAAAAGAUUGCAUCAUUUCAUUCAAUGACCUUUAUAAGGGAAAGCACUGCUUUUGCAGCGCUCCAUCUUGCAGAAAAUUUUGGUAUAAGUUUAGGCAUUUGUAGCGAUCUGCUAUUGGAGGUCGAUUGUAAGGGAGGAAGCCAGUGAGCAAAGUUUGACAUUCUCAUCAAUCCUUUAGGAAGACCGAGUGCUUUCUCGUCUUUUGUGAAGACUUCAAAAGCUCCAAUGCUUGUUGGUAGGUGUUUUAUCACUGACCAGGUAAAAGGUGGCACUCUCUUUAAUUCUCUCAAUUUGGAACCUUUUUUAUCGUCCCAGAGUGCCAAAUUGGGGCACAAUAUUCUACUACGAUUCGAUUCAGAUCAUUUAUAAGUAAUCUGAAUUCUCCCUGAAUUCGAAGAAUGUACACCCUUUUGAAUGCUCGUUUGGCCAUUUCAUUUACUUGACUGGACCAUUUUAGAUCAUUUUGAAUAAGUACUAAUAAUUUCACAACUGUUGCCUCACUUAGCUUAUAAUCACCAAGCGUAUGUAUUGUGUAAUUACAUCAGAAUGCAUAAAGUGGAAAUUCAUUACUACGCAUUUACGGGGUCUAACUUCAUGUUAUUCUGAUUUGUCCACUGUUCAAGUUCACUUACGCUGUGCUUAUUUACUCAUGGUUCAAUAUAUCAGAGCAUGAUUUGACCAAGUUGACUUAAAUUCAGAGCUGUCUAGUAAUGGAGGGAUACAAGGUUUUUUUAUCAGAAUAUCAAGGUACAUGUACAGUUGUGCUCAAGAGUAAGUGAAUCCUCCACAAAAUACACUCCUUCAUGUAGACAACAACACUACAAUGUUCUGUGAGCCCAGAGAAACAAACUUGAUUGAAUGUAAUAUCACCUGACUUCACA